CUUCCAAUACAUAUACAUAUAUAAUACUUGUAUAUACAAAUAUACAUUUAUAUAUGCACCUAUAUGUGUUAACAUUGAAAUGUUGCAUAUACUGGAAUCUUGACAUUCUUCUUUAACAAUAUGAUCAUGAUCAUCUUCUUUUUAUUUUUGGUGGUGCCAAGGGCUGCUAGCGGCGACACCCGCAGUUGCGCGCCAGAAAAAUGUGGAAGCUUUGACUCCAUACCCUACCCGUUUCGUAUUGACAAUGGUUCGGAUUGCGGAGGGUUACUUUCGGAUGCUUUUCGUCUCUCGUGUGUUAAUUCAACUUCACUGUUUGUCAAUAUUGGAUCAUAUAGAUAUGAGAUUAUUCAUUUCUUUCCGGCUAGUGGCGGGUUGUUAGUGGCGUUCGCCAAUAAUACCACGCGUUAUUCCUCUUCGUGUCGAGGGUACCAUGAUAUUAGGUCGUUUAGGUUUCAGGCGAAUGAUUAUUUAGGUAUAUCCAAGGAUAAUUUGGUUGGUUUGUACGGGUGUGGGGAUUCGUCGUUGUGUCGGAGUGAUUGUGGUGGAUGUCCAGAUGCCAACACAUCCACCACGACCACCACCUUCACGGAUAGCGGGUGUUGUUACUCGCUUUCUGAAGAUCGUGGUGGUGUUUGGCAGGUAGGUGAUAGUUUCUCGGUGUUUGAAGAGUUUGGAUGCAAGGGUUUCUCUUCUUGGGUUGACUCAGGCUCAGGCUCGGGCUCGGGUUCUAGGAGUGGUGACAUAAGGUAUGGUGUUAAGUUAGAAUGGGCGGUUCCUAGUGAUGUGAUCAAAGACGAGUGUGAUUCAAAUGCUCGAAUUGUUAAUGCAAGUUCCGUGACUUUCGGUAUGAGGUGCGAAUGUGUUGAUGGAUUCGUUGGCGAUGGGUUCGCUAAGGGGACCGGCUGCUUGAAAUACUGUGUUAGGGACGGAUCCGAAGUGUAUGGAAACGCGUGUUAUGUUAAGCGGCAUGGUCGGGGUAAACACAUGCUUAUUGCUGGAAUUCUCGCUUUAGCCCUCUCAAUCGCAACAUUGAUCGCGUUCUUCUGCUUGUUGAAACGCCAUUCCAAAAAUCUCGAUCAAAACAGCGUUCCAUUACAGAAAGAGUGUAGAACGCGUUUAUUUACUCAUACGGAACUAGAGCAAGCCACAAAUGGAUUCUCAAACGAUCAAAAACUCGUCGACAUUGGGGACGGGGGCACCAUCUACACCGGCACCCUUACAGACGGACUCAAGGUAGCCAUCCACAAAGUACAUUGCAAAACCGAAAUCAACCUCAUUCAAGUCUUAUCACGUGCCAAGAUUCUAUCAGAAGUUUCACACGCAAACAUGGCCCGCAUCCUCGGUUGCUCAGUCGACUCGGGUUACACCCCACUUGUGGUUUAUGAGCACCCGGGAAACGGUACACUCGAACAACAUUUAUGUCAAACAGGGAUCGACGGCAAAAUGGGUCUCGAUUGGCAUAACCGAUUAAAAAUCACGGCUCAAUUAUCAAGUGUACUCGCAUACCUACAAACCGAUAUCUUCCCACCAGUGUUCCACCAUGGUUUACAAUCCGGGUGUGUUUUGUUAGACCACGACAUGUCUGUCAAACUAGUCGGGUUCAGGUUAACGGACCACGGUUCAGACACGUGUGGUUCGAACUCCAAUGUGCCGUUUUCGUUUAAUGACGUGUGUGCUCUCGGUGUGGUGCUUUUGGAGAUUUUAGCGGGCAAGAAGUCAGCGGAGCUAGCUACGGUGGCUUUACGGAAGAUAAGAAACGGGAAGGUGGAGGAGGUGGUGGAUCCGAUGUUGUACUACCAUGAACAACCGCCAUAUAGAAAAGAGCAAAUGGGGAUUGUGGCGGAUGUUGCUACUCGGUGCUUGUUGUUUGGCGGUGACGAUGGGCGAUUGGGGAUGAAUGAUGUGGCGAGAGAAUUGGUACCAUUAACGAAAGAGACAGGUGAUCAUGUUGGUAGUAGAAGGGGGCCCGCAGGGCUCGAAGAAACGUUUUCUAAUUCAAGUCUUUUGCAAAUGAUAUCAUUGUCUCCGGACUCGAUUUAUGCACCAUAAAUGUAAUAACAUCCAACU